CAGUCAUUCGGGACGAAGCUCCCGAGCUGAACGGAUUGUUCCUUUCCCACGUCUCUCCCACGAUUAACUUGUUCGAUUUUUUUUUCCUCAGUGCUUAUUGCCUAGCCAAAACAACCGCCUUUUUUUUUUCAAAAACAACUCGUUCCGAUUCAAUCCCCAAAGUUUUCUAAACUCCUUUCGGCACGAGUCAGAAAACAAUUCAGUGCGUUUCCUUUCACAGGAUUUCUUUUUUUUUUUCUCAAAGUGAGCACAAACUGCUAACCUUCGUUCUCUAGAAGAAAAAAAAAAUGAUGAUGAACAGCAGCCCACAGAAGAUGUCCCCGCCACCGAUGACGUACUCGCCCAUGAAUUCAUCGCCGGCCGUGCAGAUGCAAUUCAACCACCACCACCAACAACAACAACAAAACAACAACAACAAUUUAACACCCAUCAAAUCGAGCGCUGGCACCAAGCGGCCCAUCCAGCCCGCGAUGGCUGGCGUUUCGGCUGGUAGCUCCGCCAAGAAGCGCAUCCAAUUCAACAGCCUCGGCUAUGUUCUUCCGCCGGCGCCGCCAGCCUCUGUAGCGCGCCGCAACGCUCGCGAGCGCAACCGCGUCAAGCAGGUCAACAUGGGUUUCGCCGUCCUUCGCCAACACAUCCCGACUUCCUUCUGCGAGGCGAGCGGAAGCGACAGCGGACGGUCGUCCAGCGGAGGCAGCAAAAGCCGCAAGGUCAGCAAGGUGGACACGCUGCGAUGCGCCGUCGAAUACAUCCGCAGCCUUCAAGAGAUGCUCGACUCGGACGGCUGCAGUGACUCGGUUUCCUCCGUUUCGUCCAGCGCCUGCUCCUCGUCCGAAAACAUGUCGCCGCCCGCUCACCUUCAGACCAAGAGCUUCACCUACGGAGUCCAUCAGCCUUCCAUGGGCACGUCACUGUCACCAUCUAACUACAGCGACGCCUCAUCACCUACGCCAUCCUGCUACGGGUCCGAACACUCCUACUUCACCGCCUCGUCCCAAUGGGGCGGCUGCGGUGGCAACAACAACAACGGUGUCACCAACGAUCUCUACGACGUCUACGACGCGCCCGACUUUACCGCAGAAGGCGUCGAUGCGCCCAACGAGGACGAGUUGCUCGACGCCAUUUCCUGGUGGCAGCAGAGUCAAUAAAAACAAUUCGCACAGAAAUCCACUCGGAGAAAAUGGGCGAACUUUUGAGAAAGAACGAAAAAAAAAAAAAAAAAAAUCCAAACACAAAAAAGUGUACUGUGAUAAAGGUACUUCGUUUGUUGGGACCGAGACCAGUAGCAGCAAUACGUAAAAAGAAAA